GCCGAGGGAGCAGCGGCGGCGGCGGCGGCUGCGAUGGCUGACUGGCGGCGGCUACUGUACGGCGCGGCGCUGCUGACCGGACUGCUGGGCCAGCUGCUGCUGAUUGCCAGUCUGCGCGACCGACACGUACUGCCGCAGCGCUGGAUGCAGUUUGACCGUUCAGCAGGACGUGACGCUCCAGCGCAUCACACCGUUGCCACGGGCCUCGACGACAGCGUCCCGCGGCUGAUCAUCAUCGUGUCCUCGUCACCUAGGAGCGGGUCGUCUCUUUUGGGCGAAAUGCUCAGCACCUCGAUCAACACCGCCUACUUCUUCGAGCCGUUCUACUACCACUUAAAGCAGAACAUAUCGAUGGCCAGCCUGUCGGGCGCCGAGGUGCGCGCCACCGUCACCCAGCUGCUCAACUGUCACCUGGAAGAGUCGCCGGUGCUGCGGGAGGCCAAGUUCCGCCGGUUCGUCUGGAAGUCGCGGCCGCCGGUGGGUCAGGUGCCGCCGAGCACCGGCGUGCUAGCGCGCCGCUGCCGCACCGCCGACACGCGCGUGGUGAAGCUGGUGCGGCCGCCGCUGUCGGCGCUACUGCCGCUGCUGCAAGACGACCAGCUGGGCGGCCGGCUGCGACUGGUUCACCUGGUGCGUGACCCGCGCGGCACCGUCAACUCGCAGCUGCACGCGAGCGGCGUCUGGAGCGGCGUGCACCGCGACCCGACCGCCCCCUGCCGCCGGCUGCGCGCCGACCUGGCGGCGGCGCGGCCGCUGCGCGACCCACGCUACGCGCGCGUGCGCUACGAGCAGCUGGCAUUGCAGCCGCGCGACACCGCUACCGACCUGCUCCGCCAGCUGCGCCUGCCGUGGCCGACCAGCCUGGACAGCUACCUGAGGCGGCACAUGAACGCCUCGGCGGCGGCGGCCGGCCGGCUGCAGGACCCGCCGGCCCGGCUCAAGGCCCGCAUGACCACGGACCAGGUGCGGCAGUGGCGGCAGCACGCGCGCUCCAGGACGAGAUCGAAGUACUUCAGCACGUUCCGUGCGCCGGACUUCGACCCGUCCCACUGGCGUAAGGAGCUGAGGCCGGACGUGCUGCAGCAGAUAGAGAGCGAGUGCGCAGACGUUAUUGCCGAGCUCACUGAAGAUGCUGAUGAGACGUUGAAGAAAGGAGAGUCCACGUUGACCGAGCAAUAGCACCUUAUCUUAUAGCGCGUGCAUUGUUUUGCUUUGUGCAAGCGAAUUGUCUUAACAAUGCGCUGUGUCCAGUCAGGGAAAGCUGCCUUAUCGAUUGAAGCACCAUGUUCUCUCGAACUCGCUCGGCCACGGCAAAUGUACCGGGCUUGUAUCUCAGUCACGGCAGUUUGCCGGCUCCGAGGGUCUUUGCACUUAUCAGUCUUGAUGUCCAGGUUUAUAAAUCUGAUAUACACUCGUAGCAUUUACACGUCUUCGUGUGAAUGCUUAAUAACAUGCAUCAAUGUGUUUAGCCAUACGAAAAGCUGAUUUUCCAGCUGAUGGCUGCGGUCGUCUGGCCGCGUACGUCGGGUGUCACGUGUUCAGCGGUCCGGCCCUGCCGAAUCGCCCACCUUUAUCCCUGGCCACGCGUUAACGGGUAGUGCGUCGUGACGUGUGUCUGCUUUAACGUGAUGUCAGCAAGCUAUUGCAUCGAGACUCGCGGCAUCUUGUCAUAGCUGCUUGUUGCAUGACAGCUGCACAGGUACAAGUGUACAGGCUGCUAUUGCAUCAUGUGUUCCGAAUUCGCGACCGCAAUGACAUCAGAAGCGCAAUCUCAACUUUGCAAUCCUCUGGAAAUGUAUCGAACCAGUUAACGUGAUUCCAUUCCAUACAAUUUCAUUGCGUGAAUCGUUGGAAGACGAUUAAAAGAAGGCGAAAGAUCCCAGUGUUUUGUGUUAUUAACUUCCUAAAAGGGUGCGUGGUUUUGGAAUAAAGUGUUUUAUGUAAUAUUUGCAUCCGAAGUUUGUUCAUUUGCCCGCUUUAGGCAAAUACCACGGAAAUUUCCUUCCAAUAUCUUUCUGGUGUCGUUCUCCUCAGUUCAUAUGAUUCGUUUCCGUAGGACCUGAUUGUCUGCAUGUGUCGGUCUGUUGUGUCCAUUAUAUCUCAUUACACGAUACAAAAUGCUUCGAUUGAGGCAGCGUGCGUUACGUGUUCCGUCUCACGUCCGCUGUUUUUUUGUAUUGCAAUAGUUCUUGAGGUGUCAAAUAGUUGAUUCAACGUGAUGUAUGCUGAUGGCUAUUCUAAGUCAUUCAAGGUCAAAAGCGCAUCGUGUUGAAUCUACAGUGGAUGUUCAGAUGUUUCAGGAUACCUAACUCUAUGAGACCUGACCUGCCAGAGCUUUGCUGUUGCACGCGACUGAACCACGUUUUUUUCGUCGUUUUCACCACUGAGUGUUUGUUUUGUAGAUGCCUUGCUAAGUGCACGUUAAAACAGUGUUGCAAACCUCUGGUGAAUUGUGGUAUGUAUGUUGCACAUUUUUGUCACCGGCACCAUAUGAAAUUAAUGUGUCAAGCUAAUAUAUUC